AUGUGCAUUGAUCCAUCAAUGAAACCCAAAAUUCGGAGACUGUUGGAAACUUACGUAGAACAACUUUUUGGACUGGAUGAUCAGCUGGUGACUCCAGAAUUAAUGAUAAAAGCAUGUACUUUUUAUACUGGACGUUUACUGAAGACCCACUUUUACACGUGGAGAAAGAUAGCAAUACCUCCUACAAAUGAAGAUGAACUUCUGGCUGAAAAAAUGGAAAAAUCAAUAGAAUAUGACAAUUUCAGACUUAAGAGAUGUGUAUUUCAUCACUGGUACUCUUAUGUGAAAGGUCGAAAAGAACGACUUAAAGAUACACUACUGCGGGUACAACAGAUGUUCUACUGCUACAAGCUGAUAAUUAUCCUAACUAAAUGGAGGGAUAAAGCAAGACAUAAGUAUAAAGAGAGAGAAGAUGAGCUGAUGUUAAAGCAUGAACUUCAAUUUAAAAAAUGGAGAAGCAAGUUAAAACUCAGAGUAAAUUCUAAAGAAGAAUACAUUUCUCCUCAACAAAAUGUGUCUGAAGUCUUUCUUGUAGGUGAGAUUCCUGAAUUUGACGUUUCACAGUUACCCAAAAGAACAGUACUGCAGAUUUUCUCCUACCUCAGUUUAAGAGAUGUGGUAAUAUGUGGUCAAGUUAAUUGCUCCUGGUUGUUGAUGACACAAAUGAGCUCAUUGUGGAAUGGUAUUGAUUUUUCCACAGUAAAAAAUAUAAUCACAGAUAAACACGUAGUGUCUACUUUGCAAAGGUGGCGUCUAAAUGUGCUGUGCUUGAAUUUUCGUGGUUGUGUUCUCCGAUUGAAAACUUUGAGAUCAGUAAGCCUCUGUAGAAACUUGCAAGAGCUGAAUGUCUCUGACUGUCCAACGCUCACGAUUCUUCCCUGUGUUUUUAUGCACGAUGAAUCAAUGAGAUACAUCUCUGAGAGCUGUCCUGGAGUCCUGUAUCUCAAUCUAUCUAACACAACUAUCACCAACAGGACAAUGCGACUCCUGCCGAGGUACUUCCACAGUUUACAGAAUCUUAGUUUGGCUUAUUGCAGAAAGUUUACAGACAAAGGUUUACAGUACCUGAAUUUGGGGAAUGGAUGCCACAAGCUCAUCUAUCUGGACCUUUCCGGCUGCACCCAGGUUACUGACUCAGCAUUGGAGAUGUUAUCGGCAAAAUGCCAUUACCUGUACGUUUUGGAUGUUUCCGGUUGUAUCCUGCUUACUGACCAAAUGCCUGUGAACCUUCAGAUGGGCUGCAAACAACUCCGGAUCCUAAAGAUGCUAUACUGCAGACAUAUUUCCAAAGAAGCAGCUAAGAGAAUGUCAUCUAUAGUUCAGCAGCAGGAAUAUAAUGCUACUGACCCUCCACUUUGGUUUGGCUAUGAUUGCGAAGGCAAGCCUCUUCCAGAGCAACAAGAUAUAACACAACUUAAAGAUUCAGAAUUGAUGGCGGAAGAGUCAACAUACAGUAGUGAAGAGGAAGCAGUAUGA